AUGCCUCGCUUGCCCCCGACGAGUCGUCGCCCGCGCCAGGCGGCGGCUGCGUCUGUAACGCCGAGUCAGGCGCGCAUCAAGCUCCAACCGUCGCAAUUGCAAGCGCUUCUGGCCCUGAACCAGGCAUUGACUUUGUGGAUGAAUUGCACCUCGUCAAACGUGUUCUGUCAUGAGUGGAAGAGCGGAGUUGCGGGCUUGAAGUGUAACCAAGACGGCAUGGUUACUGAGCUGUCCGCACCUUUCGUCCUUGGUUCGCAUGGCAACGUGCCAGCAGACAUCACAGCCCUCUCUGCGCUUCAGAAACU